CGUCGCCAGCUGGUUGCAGAACUCGUUCAAGAUGACAGCAGCCGAAGCUAGUGGCGAGGCGGCCGCGGCUGGCAGCGCGCUGGACCUCAGAGCCGCGCCGCUGUCUCUUCACAUCCCGACCCUGCAGCCGCCUGAGCCGCAGCGCUUCAAGAUGCAAGACUUCUGGAGUCGCAGCCGGCCAGCCUCCCCUCACGAACCCAUGGAGGCUCACAACCAGCCAGGCCCGGCGCCACCGACCCCACAACCGCCAGCCACUCCAGACCACAAGAUGAUCACUGAAAAAUUAGUCAAUGAAAUACAGCAGCAACAGUCGCCGUCAGCUGAUUCUACGAUGAGCGAGAGAUCGCUUGUUCCGUUUGCACUGCCCCAACAACAGUCGCCAACGACGGACGGGGCGCCGCUCGGAGACCGCGCCGCCAUGUUGCCGUUCGCUUUGGUAAAUUUCCUCAAUAGCCUGAAUAUCGAUCAACAAGCGAGAUCCGGACAGAGCAUCAGCGAGAGAACGCUGGAGGAAUGCUGGUCGACACUUCAGCGAAUAUUCAUGCACAAAAGCGCCAUGCAGAUGCACGCCCGGGAGCUCCAGCGGGGUCUGGGGGGCGAGGUGAAGCCCCAUCAGUGCCAGCAGUGCCUCAAGUCGUUCAGCUCGAACCACCAGCUGGUCCAGCACAUCAGGGUCCACACGGGCGAGAAGCCGUACAAGUGCUCCUACUGCGACAGGAGAUUCAAGCAGCUGAGUCACGUCCAGCAGCACACGAGGCUCCAUACAGGCGAGCGGCCAUAUAAAUGCCAUCUACCAGACUGCGGGCGGGCCUUCAUCCAGCUGUCGAAUCUGCAGCAGCACCUCCGGAACCACGACGCCCAGGUCGAGCGGGCCAAGAACCGGCCUUUCCACUGCAACAUCUGCGGCAAGGGCUUUGCCACGGAGAGCAGUCUGAGGACCCACACGGCCAAGGAGCUUCAGCUGCACCUUGGUGUUUUGCAGCAACACGCGGCUCUCAUGAUAGGUGGCGCCACUGCCACUCCAUGCCCGAUAUGCCACAAAGUUGUGUUCGGGGGCGAAGCCCUAGUGGAACACAUGAAGAAUACACACAAGGACCCGAACGCGUCCGGCGUUGCCAGUCCUCCUGCGACAUCACCGUACCCAGCUCAAACUAAACCUACUGAUCCUUAUAUAGCCAAGCGGCGGACCGCGAACCACCCGUGUCCUGUCUGCGGUAAACAUUACGUCAACGAAGGGUCCUUGAGGAAGCAUCUGGCCUGUCAUCCAGAGACGCAGCUCACCAGCGGCCUGCGCAUGUGGCCUUGCUCCGUCUGCCAAGCUGUGUUCACGCACGAAAGCGGACUGCUGUCCCACAUGGAGCAUAUGAGGAUGGAGCCUAAGCACCAGUUCGCGGCUCAGUACGUGCUGUCCCGCGCGGCAGCCGAGCGCCGGGAACGAGACAUCCUCGCGGCAGUGUCAGCCUCCGCUGGAGGAUCCGGCCUCCUCAAUCUAGCGCCGCCCUCUCCCGCACACUCAGACUCCUCGUCUAACGGGCGACUGUCUUCAUCAGCCGGCUCCGAAGCCGGGGUGGCUGUCAACAAACUCUCAGAUUUAUUGCGCUCGGCGAACAACGGGCAUCAAGCAUACGGAGACGAGAGGGUCGCGGCCAUCGCAGCGGCCGCAGCGAACAUGAUGGCGCAGCCCGGGGAGGGGCCGAAUGCGGUACAGGUGGCCGCCGCGAACCUCGUGUCGGCCAUGAGGCAACAGCUCGCCCGGGAGCCGCCGCCGACGCAGCCCCCCGCUGAUAAUCCACCCGCGCCAUCCGAAGCCGCCCUCAGGAUCCAGCAAGCUGAAGCCCUACUGCGGAGUCAGGCCGAGGCGCUGCGACUGGCCGUCUCACAGGCCGCGCAGGCGCAGGCGCAGGUCCACGCCCCUGAGGCCGUCAGUCCCUUGAGACACAACGGAAGAUUCCCACCGCAGCCACCGAACGACGCGACUGGGCAGCUGUCCCCAGAGCUGGUCGAGGCGUUCCGGAUCGCGCAGGAACAGAGACUGGAGCAGGCGCUGCGGCUGCACGACCCGAGGAUGUUGGGCUUCAACCUGCCAUCGCCCGUGCAGCAGGCGGCACAGCAGGCGGUCGCGGCACAGCAGGCGGCUGCGGCACAACAAGCCGCGCAGCAAGUCGCACAAGCCGCCCAAGCCGCCCAGGCCGCCCAGGCUGCCCAGGCCGCCCAGGCUGCCCAGGCUGCCCAGGCCGCCCAGGCCGCCCAGCACGCGGCCCAACAAGCCGUCCAACAACAACACAUGCAGCAGCAAGCCGCCCAGGCCGCCCAGCAAGCAGCACAACAAGCUGUCCACCUCCAACAGAACCCGCAACCAUGAAAAUUCACCUAUUACUAAUCCGACGCGAUUUCAAUACAUCCAAUAGUAGUUAGUGAUUUAUGGAAUAUACAAGACUAAGUAUUAAUUUUGCGAACGAAAAAUAAAAUAACAAAUAUAUACAUACAUACAUAUAUAUAUAUUUCCAUAGUAUUUUUAGAACGAAACAUUUAUUUGGUCGAUCGGAGCAUAAAUCGAAAUCGCCUCUGGUUAGUAAUCGAUUUUAUUAAGGCUACGAUUUUAUUCAAUUACAAUCGCCAUACAAUCGAAACAAAAUCGUUGAGUUCACUUUGACAUAACAUAAAGAAAAUUCAACAAACGUAAAUAAUUGAUUAUAUGUUUAUACAUAUAUAGCUCUAACCGUUGUAUAUAGAGAGGAGUUAGCGGAAACAAUUAAUGUAAUGUAAAUAAUAAAUAAAUAAAUAUAUAUGUAUUAAAAGUAAAAUUGACAAAAGGAAUUAUGAAAAGGAACAAAAACUCGCCCGAACAAUUUAGAUAUAGUCCGACUUCAACAAAGGUUUGUAUGAUUAGUGCAAUCUUUUUAAACAUAAUUAUAUUGUUUAUUUGUUUUCAUUGUAUUUUACACUUUGUUUUUCGUGUUUAGUGCCCUUAGUGCUAAUUUAUGAAGUGCCAAAACUGUUUUUAAGCACUCUCUUUAAGCACCGGACGGAGCUUUGCGAACACGUAAUCGACGAUUGGUAGUUAAAAAGUUUUUUUUUUGUUUUUUUUUUUUUUUUACUUUUUCAUGCAAUAACACGUCUUAUGCUAGUCACAUUUUGAAGCGCGCAUAUAUUUAUUUUCAUAUACAUAUAAUAUAAAACAUACAUAUUUUUUUAAUUUUUAUUUUCUGUUUUAUUUAAAUUUUUUGUUUUUGAACAUUUUAUUUAAAAAAAAAGUUUCAUAUUAUAUAUUAUUUCGAAUGCCAUACUAGAUAAUAACAAUUGUAAAUAUAUUUAAAUUAAAAAAAACAAAAAGCUCUGUAAACAGUAUCGAAGCUUCAAUGAUUGAACUUUUAAUUUUAUAAUAAUUCGAGACAGAUAAAAUUAAAUAUUUGAACUAUUUACAAUAACAAAAGUCUGUAUCGAAAAAAUAUUUCCUUACAGAAGACUGCCGAUUUUAUUAUCAACAUAUUAAUAAUUAUUUUGUAAAUACAUUUUUUACUAAUACAAAAAAAAAAGAUAUUGGAUUGAAUUUAUGUAACGGAAAUUGAAUUGUUUUAUCGAAAUUCUAAUUUUAUACGAUAAUUUAAUGCCAUUAAGUGAUAAUGUACAAGAAAAUAGCGCCUUCUCACUGAACAAGUCACGUAGUCCACCAACGGACACUAGACGGGGGCGGCGCCCGGGCCCGCCGGAACCGCGCCCCCGACCCGACACGAGACCCACACGAGACAUUCUACUCAACACGGAUGCUCAGCCCAAGUUCAUAAAUAUACAUAAUUAUUUAUCGUUUCAUUUUCACAUUACAAUACGUAUUUUUAAAUGUACACACAAUAGCCCAGAUGAUCAUAUAAACAAAUACAUUGGAGUACAAUCAUGUGCUCGGAGUUGCCAUUGCAAUAGUCUUACAGUAAUAUUUCGGGUCCGCGGACAGCCUGCCCCCCCCUUGGGAGCUGCCCCCCGGGGACGAAGGGGGACAGGGGGGGCAGACUUUGCGCGGACAUUUUUUUGUUUUUUUUUAAUACUAAGGGAAUGUCAAGUGUUGCCGAAUUUAUUUAAUGUAUUAUCAUCAUGUCUUAUAAAUGUAAGGAAGAGGCGGACUACAAUGAUUUUUGAUUAGAAAGACGUUUCCUGUUCGUUGUUUGAAUCAAUCGAUAAUUCUUGUAGUCCGCGCCGUAUGUGCGUAUAUUCGUAAUAGUUAAGAUAAAUAGUAAGCUGAAUUUUUAAUGUACGUAAUUAUUUCAUACUUGUAUUAUCAACAUCGGGACGGAUGGUACGGGAACUUGCAUACCGAACCGCCGUGCCGAUGGGACGUAAUAAUAAUAAUAAUAAAAAAAAACAAACGAACAAUAGCCCAAAUAUUGUAUUUUAUGAUUUCACUUGAUUUCUUAGUUAUUAUUCGUUGAACACACAAAAACAUUUGGCGGGUUUUAUCUAUUAUUUUUCUUUUUAUUUUGGUGUGAAACGGCCAGCAACAUCGGACGCGAAGCUCUAACUAUUGGUACGUUUUCUCGGAAACGUUUGGAGACGAGAAAAAAAAAAGAAUAAUUCGAAUUUCGAAUCCACGACCACAGAAUAACAAACAGAUUAUGACUAAACAUGAACCAACAUUUGAAAGAUGAUCGCUAUUUAUGUAAAAAAACACACACACACACAAAAAGGUCCUCAUAAAUAAAUACUUGUAAAAGAUAAAUUUUUUAAAUGUAACAACAAAAGAAGUUCCUAUCAAAAUAUUGUAUAAAAUGUAUUGUUUUUUAAAUUUAGGUCUUAGUGGAGAGAGAUGGAGGUGGUGAAAAAAUUUACGAACGUUCGGAUAUUUUUAAAAGUUAUUUAAAACUAAAAAUACGAAAAAAAAAAUUAUAAUUAAAAUUAAUAAUAAUAUUAAUAUUAAUGAAGAAUUAUUGAAAUUUAUCGCGCCCGGGCACCGAACCCGGGCCGAGAUGUACAAAAAGAAAGCACGGCUCGUGAAUCCUAAGAUUAGAUGUGUAGAUCGCGAUUUACGUUUCCCGGGAAAGUGUUCAAAUCUGCGUCGUGAUUCCGCGGGCUUAAUACACACUAAAGCAUGCUUGUGAUUGAAAAAUUCAAGCAUGAUUUUGGGUGAUUCAAAAUUUUGACGUGGUGAUGUGACGCGUAAUGACGCGGUCACGCGGAAUCGUGACGCAGCAAACUGUGAUCAAAAAAAAAGCGAAAUAGUCAUAUCGUGUCAGCGAGGAUGUCCGUUACCUUAAGUUUUCAACAAUUUUUCAAUGUAACAAAAUAACAAUAACAACAAAACAAAACAAAAAAAAACAUCUUUUUCUACGCGUUUCUAUUUUAUUCUUUUGUUUUUUUUUACGGAAAAAAAUUAAAAACCAAUCUUCUUAAUAGAUAAAUACGUACAUAACUAAAACGCGGUUCACGCGUUGUUUGCGCGCGUUCUCCCGUAAGCGUCCGCGUUAUAAGCGCUCGCGCUAUAGCGGCUCAGCUUUACGGAAAACGCUUGUAUUAGUGUCAAUAGGUCGGAUUUCUUUCGAAUUAAUAAACUACGUGGUAUUUUUAAUGGCCACGUCGCGUGCGUCAUGUGUGCGCUGUCAGCUGACUCUUUACAUUUAAAUGGAUACGACACAAUUUUUUUUUUAAAUAUACAUUAGUUUAAUUGGCUAAUUAAAAAAGUUGAUUCGUUACGUUUUUCAAAGGUUUCGUUGUUAAAGAUGAAGAUAACGAAAAAAUAAAUAAAUAAAUACAACAAAACGCGAAUGUUUUGAAAUUACCUAGUUACCAGCGCGCGCUGCUUCUCGCGUUGGAGCUGAUGAUUAAAUUUGAGAUAUUCGCGUUGGGACAAACAUCGAUUCGGGUCUGACAACGACGUAUCGAUUACAUUACAUUAUUUUUGAAGUGAAACUUCUUUAGGCGCAUGAGGGUAAAAUUUUUACAGAACGUCACGCAGGUAUGCAACGGAAGUGACAUCAAACUACUAUUGAAAUUAAGUACUUGUCAAAUGUCAGUAGUAGUAGUUGUUGUAUUUUUCCAACUGGAAAGGCAAAUGUAUCAUACGAUACAGCCUAAUAUUUUAUAUUUUUUUUGUGAAAAAUGUUAAUAGGAAUUGAAAUGAAAUGAAAAGAAUUUGGAACAUUAAUCAAAUAGCAUGAAAUUAAAUUAGUCAAUUCAAUUGGCAAAAUAUUAGUCAUUUACAAUUUAGAAAUCUAAACAUAAUGUGACUGUCAACACUGAGGUUUGAGAUUGAAAUUUGACAGACUUUUGGCGGGGGAACAUAUCUUCCUUUUUCCCUUCCUCUAAGUCUCGGAAAUCUAAAGUUUUAGAUUUGUAUAAAUAUAAGCAAGACUUAUAAAUUAGUUCGCCAAAAAAGUUUCACUUCUGACAUGUGUACUUUGUACGCACGCACUUUU